CAAAUGGCGCGCUCUUUCGGAUAAAAAAACCGUUUCCGUUCGGAAGUCCGAAUUCAACUGUUACCUUGUUGAAGUUCAAGCCCCCAAAACAAGCAAUUCCAGAUUCUCUACAUAUGUCUCUUUCGAAUCUCCCCCGACACAAGCUCUAUAACAGCGCCAAAAAUUAACAAAAAGCGAAACCCUAACGCUACAAGUUCACUCUGUUUGAUCCAACAUAGAAUGCGUGUCUCCUUCCCCUAAGAAUCUUCAUUAAGAGGACCUGAGGAAUUUCCAUUUAUUGAGCGCCAACCGACGAUCAAUCAUGAGCCUUGUUGAUAUGAGAAUCGACAUUGAUGAUUAUCUCCCUAAGGUGCCCAUCGGCCCUAGGCGAUCCAUUUCAUCGGCGUUGCAUCCGUUUAUGGUAACCGAUGGGCGUUCUCGCAAAAAUAACUUUUCAUACACUGUUCUCCCUGAGGAGCCGCUCAAGCUCUCCGUUCUCAAAUUGGAUGGCUCCUGCUUCGACAUUGAAGUUAUGAAGUCAGCUACUAUCGCAGAACUGAGACAGGCAGUGGAGGCUGUCUUCAGUCAUAUGCCACAAAAGGGGCCAGGCAAGAUCUCAUGGCCACAUGUGUGGAGCCGUUUCUGCUUAACUUAUGAUGGCCAAAAGCUGCUUAUGGAUACUGACUACAUCAGAAACUACGGAAUCAAGGAUGGUGAUCAGCUUCAGUUUAUUCGGCACAUAUCAACCAGUUAUACCCUCAGGAAGAAGAGCACAGUUAAACGGAUUGCUGCUCCUGAGCAGCACAAGAUCUCACUAUCACGUCUCGAUAUCUAUGAAGAGAAAGAACUCAGUGAUAAGGAAGAGAACCUUUAUGAUGUAGAGAAAGGCGUGAUAAAAAAUUAUUACUCUGAACCCAAAGAAAAAAAGCUGGCUGGCUUCUUCCAAUGGUGGUACCAAUACUCCAAGAUGCAAAGCGCAAAAAGAAGUUUGAAGAUCUCUCCCACUAAAUCUCCCCGUAGUUUCUUGGGCACUUUCAGAAAAAUCAUAAAGUUUUCUGAUGGUAGCCAACAUUCUCAUAAGAGAUAAACUGAAAGAGGAGUAGGAUAAAAUGCCCAACAGUUCAUUUUUUAAUUAGCCAAUUGGAAUUUUUUUUUUUUUUUUUUUUUGGGAGAAAUAGAUUAUUAUUUUCAAAUAUUGGAAUUCAAAUAAAUAAGCUUUAAGAUUCUAAAUUCCGAUGGCGUCGAGCGGUGUAAAUAUGGGUCAAGUUUGACCCAAUCAGGACCCAAGUACCUAUAAAAGGCAAAUGCCACGCACGUGUGCACGUGCGAUACGCUUCCAGUCUCAGUCCUAUUCCUUCCUCUUGAUUUUUGUCCAUCGCAAAUUUGUGUGGCGAAGAAAAGAGAUAACCCUUCUCUUCAUUUCCACAGAAAAUCUCUCCUUUUUCGACACUCGACUAAUUUCAGUAUCAUCGUUCACUCCUCAGAAAUCCAAACCGACAAAAAAAAAAAAAAAAAAAAA